CGGUUGCGUCAGUGUUUUGCAGGAUAGCUGCAGAGACACAUCGCUGCUACUGCAUCACCUCAUCUCACACAACGGCUUUGUUAGUUUCUGGACUAUUUAAUCUGCAGUAAACCAUCGACAAUUCAUCACAUCCGAAGAGGCAUUGCUGUUAUAAAGUAUAUAAUAUCGUGAUUUUGGACUGAAGCAUGCAGGAACAGCUGAUUUCGAGCUUCUCCUCUGAAGAUUCCAGUCUUCCAUCCACACCAACAUCUGACGCUCCAUCCAAACGUCUGUCCUGGAGCAGACUGAUGCAGAAACUGCACAGCAGCCAAAGUCUGGACUUCGACUCAGAUAACCACAGCAGCGCGGACGACUCCUCUGACGCAGGUUCAAUCUCCCUGCCUGAUUUGUCCCAAUCCGAGCUGUUUUUCGACCCCACGGAAGAAGCGUUGUGUAAAGAAGUGGUGCAGCUCAUCGCACUUGACCUGUCCGAAGCUAAAGCCGGCGUCUUGCACUGCUCCAAACUCCUCAUACCCGAGAAACUUCUGGAGCACAUCGGACAAGAGCUGAUGCAUCUGUCCGUCAGCGAGCCCUGCGGCCUGCGGGGGGCGCUCAUCGACCUGUGCGUGGAGCAGGGGGGCAGUUGUGAGGCUGCGGGGCAGAUAGCGGUUGACCCUAAUCUGGUGCCCACCUUCCAGCUGACGCUGGUGCUCCGCCUGGACUCCAGAGGGAUCUGGCCGAAGAUCCAGGGGCUUUUCGCAGGACGUUCGCCGGCGUCUCCGGGCGUUGCACUUAAACUCAAACUCAGCACUGGAUUUCGAGUUAUUAAACGAAAACUGUACAGCUCAGAAGAUCUUCUGAUAGAAGAAUGCUGAGACUCAAUCAUGGAGCUUGUUAUUUCUCAUGAAAGCUCUUGUAGACGGUCUUUGGCCCAUAAGAGGCCUGAAGUUAUAAGAGUUGUGACCGUUUAAACAAUCAGUCACUCCAUUAUGUCCCGGGACAUUCUCAAAUGCUGAUCUAGAAAGACGUUCGGUGUUUCUCCGAGACCAGACGCGGCAGCUUUAUCACAUGCAACAACAUCGACUUGUUCCUUUUGUUUGUAUUUCUUUUACGCAAGUGCCAGUUUGUUCAGAGAUGUUCAUCCGAGUGUCUGAUGCAUUUAUACGCAUGGAGAUCAAACGCAAGAGGCACUUUUAACGAUGAUCCAUGCACUAUAUUUAUUUGAUAUUCAAAUGCAAUGUGUUUUUGUACUUCCAUUUAAAGAAAUGCAGAAAAUAAAUUAUUUUUUGAAGA